AUGAAUUUAAAACUUUUAACAGCUAUAUUAAGAGUACGCUGUGGUUUGAGGUUGGAAGGAAAAUGCUGCAAUAAUUAUGAACUACCAGUAAGCGUUGUAAAACAAAUCGGCACCAAAGAAUCAUAUCAAUCUGAUACCGACGAUGAUGGUGCAGACAAAAAUGAUUCGUCUGACCAUAUUUUAUACAUAAUUAUUAUUUUUAAGAUGUUGAACUUAAGAAUAAUGCCAAGAACUACGGCGAUAUUGAAACGUGCAAUGUGUACGCAAGAACAAGAUGUCUUAUUUGAAAAUCUGAAUAACGCAGGAAUAAUCACAUUAAAUAGACCUAAAGCUUUAAAUUCUUUAAACACUUCUAUGGUUACGAAACUUCUUCGCCAACUGCAAGAAUGGGAAAACAAGAAAAGUCUUGUAAUCGUCAAAGGGGCCGGUGACAAAGCGUUCUGCGCUGGCGGAGAUGUAAAAUCCGCGAUAGAUAGAGUUGAAGGGCCACGAUUCUUCCAUAUUGAGUAUAAUGUCAAUUACUUGAUUGGGAAAUAUAAGGUCCCAUAUAUAGCUCUUAUGAACGGAGUGACAAUGGGAGGAGGCGUCGGAGUUUCGGUGCACGGUCGGUACAGAGUGGCCACUGAAAAAACAAUUGUAGCCAUGCCUGAGACUAAAAUUGGCUUGUUCCCUGACGUCGGAGGAUCCUACUUUCUCCCUAGACUACAAGUUAAUCUGGGAAUGUAUUUAGGUCUCACUGGUGAUAGAUUAAAAGGAAUAGAUGUGGUAAAGGCAGGUUUCGCCACCCACUUAGUGCCAAGCAAACGUCUCUAUGAACUAGAAAAAUUGUUGUCAAGAUGCACAAGUGAUAAUGAGGUACAACAACUGUUGAAUAAAUUCCAUGAGCCAGCAGAGGACUUCUCUUUGGCAGAUAACAUAAAGCAUAUUAAUUAUUGUUUUGCGGCUUCCACGGUAGAAGAAAUCAUAGAGAGACUCGAGAAAGUGAAUAAUGAAUGGUCAAUAAAGACUGUUAAGAUAAUAGGUCAGAUGUGUCCGGGUUCUUUGAAAAUAACUCUUCGAGCACUACAGCGAGGUGCUCAAUUAGACUUACCCCAGUGUUUAAAGAUGGAAUACCGACUCGCUUGUCGUGCCACAGAAAACCAUGACUUCCCUGAAGGUGUGCGGGCACUUCUGAUAGACAAAGACAACAUGCCAAAGUGGCAACACUCUUCUUUGGCGGACGUCGACGAAGAUUAUGUAGAGGGUUAUUUCAAAAAACUUCCACAUGAGAGAGAGCUACAAUUUUUUGAUGCCAAACUAUAA